CAGUCUAUAUGUAUUAUGUAGCGAGAAAAUUGCAGAAAAACACAUAACACAGAAUAUUUUCAAAACAUAAUGGUUUACGUCAAGUCUACUUCCUCCAUCAUUCCGAGCAAGCCUACCCCGGUUGGCGUAUUACGGUUAUCUGAGUGUGAUCAACGAAUGCAAUGGACUCAUAUCCCGCUCAUCUUUAUUUACAAAGCCACCGACGACAACAACGAGAAAACAAAAACAGUAGAGACUUUGAAAGACUCCCUAAGUCGUGUAUUGGUUCCCUAUUAUCCACUAGCUGGUCGACUACACUGGAUUCAUGGUGGUCGACUGGAAGUCCAUUGCAAUGCUAAGGGUGCGCAGUUACUGGAAGCUUAUUCUGAAGCAAAACUUGAUGAACUUGGCGACUUUGCACCAAUGAAGGCAAUCGAAGAUCUGGUCCCUAAGGUUGAUUAUGGUAGUCCGAUUGAGGACUGGCCGUUGCUGCUGGUGCAAGUCACAAGAUUUAGUUGCGGUGGUCUCUGUGUUGCAACAGUCAUGUCCCAUACAAUGGUUGAUGGAUGGUCUGCAGCUAAAUUCUUCAAUGCAUGGGCCAAGUUGGCUCGAGGAAAUGAAUUGGAGGAGAAUGAGAUGCCUUUUCAUGAUCGCACCAUAUUACGAUCACUUCAUGAACCGCCUAUGCCUCCACGCUUUGAGCAUAUAGAGUUCACCAAACCACCACUCCGAUUGGGACACACUGAUGCCAAAGAGGAGAAGAAGAAAGAAACUUGUGUCGCCAUAUUGGAAGUCACCAAAGAGCAAGUCGAGGGACUAAGGAAGAAAGCCAAUGAGAUCCCAUGUCAGGACGUGGAGAUGGUGUCGACGCGACCUUAUUCUCGAUAUGAAGCUAUUGCCAGCCACUUAUGGAGGUGUAUAUGCAAGGCGCGAGCAAACGAUAACUCUCAACCAACAAGAGUUACCUUGGUGAUUGAUUUUCGCAGCCGCUUGAAGCCGUCUCUCCCCCCAGGAUACUUUGGAAACACAGUUCUUCAGACCGUAACAUCGAAAUGUGUCCAUGGCGACCUAUUGGCCAAACCACUUAGUUAUGCUGCUGGAAAACUAAGGGAAGCCAUCGAGCGUAUGACAGAUGAGUAUAUAAGGUCUGCUCUUGAUUUUAUAGCUAGCCAGAAGGAUGUGGGUGCUUUGAGGUGUGGCUUGCACAAUGGUGCACACACCAAUCCACCUAAUUAUUUAGGAAAUCCCAACGCUUCUAUUAUAAGUUGGAUCAAUUUGCCAUUUUAUGGUAUGGAUUAUGGGUGCGGAAAGCCAAUAUACGUUGGUCCAGCAUUAUUAAAUGAUGACGAUGGCAAGACGUACAUCAUGUCAAGUCCAGCUGCAGAUGGAUCUCUAAUCAUAGCACUCCGUUUGCAAACAGAAUGCAUGAAUUCUUUUAAGAAGUUCUUCUAUGAGGACAUGCCAUGGUAAUGGACCAUAAAAAUCGAGCUACUUAGUAAUUACAUAGCAGUUUAUCUAUAGAAUAAAUGUGGGUAAAGGUGGCAGGCUAUGGAUUGUCACCAAGGGAAGAUGUACGUUGCUUGCUAUUAUGUUGAUUUUAGUUUCCUUCUUUAUUUUCAUGAGCUUAUCAGUUGAGAAAGUGAUGAAUAUCAACUACUUUGGGUUAUU